AACGGCGCUGGAGCAGCUCUGCAGCUCGGCCCUCCGUGUUCUUGGCGUGUUUGUUUUCGGGGAAUAACAAGCCACUCAAUAACAAGUAACGCCGGGGCUGCCAGGGAAGCGCCGGGCGCCGGCCCCGCUCGGAACGCUCGCUGCGCCUGCCGCGCCGCCCGCCCGGAGCGCUCUGGCUGGAGCACCGCGGCGGCGGAAGGAGGGUCGGUCGCCAUGCCAAAGUUAAGAAAAACCCAAGGAGGGAAGCAAGAGAAAAAAGUUAUCCAUCCUUACAGCAGAAAAGCAGCACAGCUUGCAAGGGAAGCACACAAACAGGAAAAGAAAGAAAAGUUGAAGACUGACAAAGCUUUGCGUUUGAGUAUCAUUGGAGAAAAAUUGGAAUGGUUUCAAAGUCACCUUGACCCCAGUAAAAUUGAGUACACCAAGAAGGAAGCUGGUGAACUAAUUGAAAAUUACAUGUGUCGAUUCAAUGCUGAAUUGGAGCAGAUUGAAUUACAAAACAGUAUUAAAGGCAGACAAGGAAGACAACAUGGCUCACGGGAAACUGUCAUCAAGCAGACCAUAGAACGUGAAAGACAACUCUAUGAAGGCUAUGGAAUAGAAAUCCCAGACAUUAUGAACAGAAAGCAUCUUAAAUUUUUCAGAGAAUGGGAUGGUGAUCUGAGGAAACUGCCAAACAUCAAAAUGAAAAAGCUCUCAGCUAGGGAUGCUGCUUGCAGUCACCCUGAGGUGGCAGAUGUAGAAGCUAAAGAAGAACUGAAUAAAGCAGAAGAGGUGCCUAAUGAGCACCAGCUGAUUCAAGGGCUGAAACAGCUGAAGGGCAUUGUAAGAAACCUAUUUUAAUUACCACUGGAAAUAAAAAUAAAUUUGAACUAUAUUUGCAAAGGC